GUUUUCCACGAAAUGUUCAUUAUUUUAGUCUUUUUAGGCAACUUCCUAACGCAAGUCACGAAUAUAGGGUAAAAUGUAAACACACAUGAAAUCAUUUAUUAAUUUGUGUCCAACCCACCACCAAAAAAAAAACUCAUAAAAAAUUAAUUUUACAAUUUUAAAUUAUGCAUGGAUAUACAUGAAGAGGCUAGCUCCUAUAUAAAUAGAAUGGCAUGCAAAAGGUCAUAUCAUCAUCUUCCUUAAGCAAAAAAAACCUUCAAAACAUCAUCUUAAUUAGUCAUUCUUCUUCAUCUACAACAAUGGCAGGAGUUGCCUUUGGUUCCUUUGAUGAUUCCUUCAGCUUGGCUUCUCUAAGAGCUUACCUCGCUGAGUUCAUCUCCACUUUGCUCUUUGUUUUCGCUGGUGUUGGUUCUGCCAUUGCCUACGCGAAGCUGACGUCGGACGCCGCUCUUGAUACGCCUGGACUAGUUGCCAUCGCGGUGUGCCACGGUUUCGCCCUCUUCGUGGCGGUUGCAAUCGGAGCCAACAUCUCCGGUGGCCAUGUGAACCCUGCCGUCACUUUUGGCCUUGCUCUCGGUGGUCAAAUCACAGUCAUCACCGGAGUUUUCUACUGGGUUGCUCAGCUUCUCGGCUCCACCGCCGCUUGCUUCCUCCUCAAAUACGUCACCGGUGGCUUGGCGGUUCCAAUCCACAGCGUUGCGGCUGGAGUCGGAGCGAUAGAAGGAGUAGUGAUGGAGAUCAUCAUCACCUUCGCUUUGGUCUACACCGUCUACGCCACCGCCGCUGAUCCCAAGAAAGGUUCUCUCGGAACCAUCGCACCUCUCGCCAUUGGUCUCAUCGUGGGUGCCAACAUCCUCGCCGCCGGUCCUUUCUCCGGUGGAUCCAUGAACCCAGCACGUUCCUUUGGACCAGCUGUUGCAGCCGGAGACUUCUCUGGUCACUGGGUCUACUGGGUGGGACCACUCAUCGGUGGUGGACUCGCUGGACUUAUCUACGGAAAUGUCUUCAUGACUUCUUCUGAACAUGCUCCUCUUGCUUCCUCUGAUUUCUAAAUGUGAUGUAUCAUUCUUGAUUCAUGUUUCUGUCUCUCAAUCUCUUGCUUCGUUUGGAGUUUGGUUCGGUUUCGUUGUAAACUUUAUCCAAUUUGUAUGAAUUAAUAUCAUUUAAUGGAAGGGCUGUUUGGUUAUAGAUUAGUCAUUUUAUUUAAGAUUUUAGUUUUACUAGGUAUUUACCCGCGCUAUGUGGCAGGAUAUUUUUCUAAAUUUUGUAUAUAUUUUUAAUAUAAUAAAAUUAUUUUUAUAAUAUAAAUGAGUAUUAUAUU